AUGAUCGCCAACAUCAGCAUGGUGCUUGGCAAGUACUGUUUCGAUGAGGAGGCUUUUUCGGGGGAGAUAUUCGAGGUGGGGGCAUUCCUGGAGGACUGCCGUACACACAGCCCAAUGGAGACCAUCCAUCAAGACCUGAAGCAGUUCCAGACGGCGCUGGAGAACCAGCUUGUUGCCAUCAUCAAUGAGGACUACGCUGAGUUCCUGCAGCUCUCGUCCAAACUCAAGGGUGUGGAUGAGGCAGUCUCCAGUGUACGCGCACCCAUCUUGGCGGUACUUAAGCGAGUGGACGAAGUGCAGAGUGCUAUGGCCGCGCUGCAGAAUAAGAUCCAGUCUCAACUACAGACGGCGGAGGAUCUGCAAAAGCAGGAGAAAGACCUCCAGCUUAGCAUCCAGAUUUCGCAGAAGUUGCUAUUGCUUGAAGAUCUACUGGAGAUCGAGUCACCGGCGGAUAGCGAUGACGAGGAGCAGAGCUUGGGUAAGGGUGGACCUAUCGUCUCGGACGAGGACAGUGAAGACGAAUUUGAGAAUUUUGAUCGAGUGAAGAAGAGUCUCAAUGCCACGAGUGCGGCCGAGGGCUGUGCGAAACUGGAGCGAGCGGCACAAAUUUUUGUCCAGUUGGAUCUCGAGUUCAUGAACGCUAUGCACCUUAGCAUGAUUCAGAAGGAGGAGAAACGUCUUGCAGUUAUUGAAGAAACGCUUCUGCAUCGACUGGAGACAGAAUUCGCGACUGAGAUCUUUCCCGAUACAUUCUAUAACCGCGACCACGCCAUCAGCGCGCUAACGUUGAGCUACCUGUUACGAGCCUACGUACUGCUUCACAAAAGUCAUAUUCCCGAAGAAAUGAUUGGACGUCUGCUAGUCCAGCCGUUUGCUGAGGAAAAUUUAACACGGGGUAAACUGGACGGUAGAGUCCGCGGCUCCUGUGAGGGUCUGCCUCAGAUCUAUGAGUCCAUUUUGGACUUCAUUACCAGCAAAUUCGCAGACACCCUUGCGCUAUCCGUUUGUCAGGGGGAAAGUAAAUGUUCAGUGGACAUUCUCGGCAACGCAAUCUGGAAACCUUUGCAGGAGAUUUUGUCGUCGAAGCACGGAGUCAUUUUUCAAGCUGCAGAUCCCGAGCGCUUCCACCAAAGCUACACCAUCAGUAUGCGCUUUUUGUUGGAUAUCGAGGAGCGUUUCUGUACGACUGAGAUCAUGAAGAUCCGAUUCCGGUCACACGAGAGCGUGGUGGAGUUUAAGGAAAAGUGGAAUAUCGACGUGUACUUUCAGCUUCGAGCAUCGCAACUGGCUUCGAGCUUAGAGAAGUCUUUUGGCGUCAAGCGUGACGAACCAGGUGCAUCGGUAAACAGCACAGCAAACUCAGAUGACAAGUCGGGCCUAGUUUUCGAGAACUCAAAACGCCUGUGGCAAGCAAUGCAAGAUUGCUGGAGUGAGCGGGUCUUCCUGGCACCACUGCUUCCCAACUUCUGCAAACUUUGCGUGCAGCUUUUUGCGUAUUAUAUUGACAUCUGGAAGGAACCCUUGUUGAAUACCGUGGCGGUGAUCAAUAGUGGAAACAAGGCGGAUUUUGCCACUGUGCCGCUUUAUUUCCUCUCUACCGAAGAAGAUUUAUUGUUUGCUGGAAGCGAUUUCCAUGUGCUAUACAAGAAGAUUUCUCAAUAUCUUCUCGCUAUUGUAAAGACCCAUGUUGAUACCUUCACAGACGACAGCCAAGCCUUUGUGACCGAAUUGUUUCAAGAGCCGCUUGCAUCGUUGGCUGAGCUGGAGGCUAGGUGCUGGUCUACAGCUGUGACGAUGGUAUCUGCAGACUGUAAAAAGGUCCUUCCAGCAAUUCGCACUGUGAAAGGCCAGUAUCAGAUGACAAACAAGCCCCCACCAACGAACCCGUCGACCUACGUGGUCAGCAUCAUCCAACCAAUGCAGGAAUUCCUGGAGAAGUGGGGCAUGCAUUUCGAUGCGGCCAAGAAACAGCAGCUGCUGCAAGCCAUUGUGGAGGAGGUCUGCGAUGUGUACUCGAGUCUGUCGUCGGAGCUAUUGAGGUCGGCAUUGGAGCUCGAAGAGUCGCUCAAAAGCCGAAAGCUGCAGCGACACUCUGGCUCCAGCUCCACCCUCGCCAACAACACCGUAUCCGACACGGAGAAGAUGCGAAUGCAGUUGCUGCUCGACCUCCAAGAGAUCCAACGGGAGGUGGCGGCGCUGGGGCUGGACGUGAAGCUCUGCAAUGGGCUGCAGGUUUCUAUCGCCAAGCUGUCGGAGUCAGACAGUUGUAGUUGA